GAAACAAAAGGGACGCCAUUUUGUGUGUACAGAUUCUUGUUGGAAGCUGAAUAUGGUGAAAUUGUAUUUAAAUUGUUCUGUUCGACCGCCUGAUUAAUACAUUGGUCACCACCGAUGCCUUAUUAGUCUUGGGAUUUUUAUAUAUUGUGAUAAAAGGUGCUAUUAAGUUGAUCAUCCAAAACAUUCAAAAUGUUUUACGCACAUUUUGUGCUCAGCAAGAAGGGGCCACUGGCUCGAAUUUGGCUUGCAGCACACUGGGACAAAAAAUUGACAAAAGCUCAUGUUUUCGAGACCAACAUUGACAGUAGUGUGGACGCAAUCUUAAAACCAAAGGUGAAAAUGGCUCUGCGUACAUCAGGUCAUCUUUUGCUUGGAGUGGUGAGGAUUUAUUCCCGAAAGGCAAAAUACCUCUUAGCUGAUUGUAAUGAAGCCUUUGUGAAGAUAAAGAUGGCUUUUCGUCCAGGUGUUGUCGAUUUGCCGGAAGAGAACCGAGAAGCGGCUGUUGCUGCUAUAACACUUCAGGAAAACUUUCAUGACUUUGAAACAACACUGGCUGAUUUGGAAGAUAUUGAUGUACAGGCACAGUUUUCAGUGAAUCAAAGUCGACCGGAAGAAAUCACAAUGCGAGAAGAUUUAGGCAGCAUAGCUUUUAUGGGCGAUGAUGGCUUUGGUAACAUCGAUGAAGGUUUUGGCGGAGAAAUAAGUGAAAAAGAUAUGUGUAUAAUAAUAAAUGGUUAUGAUACCGAUUUCACAAGAACUCCAUUAGAUUUUGAGUUGAUUCUGUCAAUUUGUCAGACAACUCUGUACACAGAAAACAGACCUAUGUCCACUUGUAGCAAGUGCUUAGCACAAAGUGAUGUUAUGACGCCAUUGUCUGAUCGGUCGUCACGCAUUACUGUGGACAGUGGUAUAAGCCUUGACAGUGAUGAAGACAUUAAUGCUAAUGUCCCACCAGACAAAAUGUGUGCCACUGAGAUCACCACAACUGUUUCUUCACCCAUCUCAGGGAGUUACAGUAAACAGUUGUGCAAUAAUAAUUCAGGGAGUAGACAGUUGUGUCUCAAUGUUAACUGUGAUAACUUCAACUCGGAGAUUGUUAAUAAUAAGCCAUGUGAUGAUAAACACAAAUUGGAGCAUCUGGACAGUGGUCUGGGUUUGGACUCCGACCCAGGAUUCUGUGAAUGGGAUUACACUUCCCAUAAUUCCCGGCCAGAUGGUCAAUCGGACUGUGAUUCAAAUUUUCAUGAUGAUGACCCCAUCGAUUCUCCAUGUGGAUCUGAUCGGGGUGCUGGUGACAUAGGUUUUGAUGAACGGGAAAUCCUGCGAGAUGCGUCCCAUCUUGAUGAAACACUUUACAAAUCACACGAUUUGUCAUCUGUGCCUAUUGAAAGUCGUGACAAGACUCUUGGAAACAGCACAUCGAUGGAGAAAUCUAUGGACGUUGAUUUGGAGCCUCCAGUUGGGGAAGAUGGAUUUGGUGGAACAGUUGGAGAUGCUUUUAUGGACGCUGGUGAUGACGAUGAUGAUAAUAAUGAUGACUUUGGCGAUGUUGACCCCGGCCUCUUUGGUGGAGAAUUCAUGGAUGCUGGGGGUUUGUUCAGUGACACGCCAAUGCCAGAAGUGUCCAUGGCUCAAGAAGUGGAGGAAGCCGUGGCAAAACCAGCAGAAGCGAAGGUUGCAUCAGACACUGCUGAGGGAGAUUCUGAACUGGCGCCUCCUGUACUCACAGUAUCGGCUGCGGGAGCUUCAGCCCUUUCUACAGGAGAACAAACCACAUUAGUGCCAAACGAGGAAGAAGCUUUUGCUUUGGAACCAUUAGAUGUGACUGCAGUAGCUGGGACUGAAAAGAAGACUAAACGGAAAAGGAAGUUGAUAGUCGAUGAGCAGAAGGGAAUCCCCAGUGAAACCAUGAAGUUGCAGCUUUCUGAUACGUCGGACAUUGUGACAACUCUUGACCUAGCCCCUCCUACCAAAAAGCUCAUGCAUUGGAAAGAGACCGGAGGAGUUGAAAAACUAUUUGCUCUGCCAGGAAGACCCAUUGUCUCAAAACUAACAAGCAAGUUCUUCACUAGAAACCUUGUUACAAAGCAGCUCAAGGAAAGGAUGGAAGACUACGAUGUAGAUAAAUUAGAUCUUGAUGCACCAGAAGUAGUGAGAGAAGAGGAAAAACUUGCUGACAAAACCCAGCAAUCUGAGAUGAGCACCAUCAUCGAGGAACCUUCCAUCACGCAAGAUACCACAAUAACUAGGUCAAGACGCAGUGAGAAAUCUUUGGGCAAACCCGCCAAAGACGUUCCUCAGCCCGAGACUCCUCAUGUUCACGAAACGUCCACUGCAGAGCAGGAUCUGCUUGCUCAGGCUACAGAGGGCAUCGUCGACAUGCCGUCAGCACAGGCUGUUGAUAGUGUGUUGCAGCAGGACCAGUCACUGGUCAACUAUGAUCCAAACAUGGAGGAUGGACCGCCGUCGAUUGCUCCGUUUUCUGUAGGGCCAGCAUCUGUUGGGCCACCGUCGGUGGGUCCCCCAUCUGUGGCUCCACCGACGUUUGAUGACAUGGAGGAGCAUAAUGAAAACGACAAAAUGCCAGAGACUGUUCAAGAGGAGGAACAGAGAUGGACAAAGAGAACGGCACAGAUGCAGCAUGUGUUCGAAAUUGCGUUUAGACAAUCGGAUUCUCUCAGUUUCAAGGAGAUGGCGAGACGGCAUAACCGCAAACAAGCAGCAUCUCGGUUUUACACGCUGCUAGUGCUGAAAAAGCACCAGUGUAUUGUUGUGGAACAAACUGAGCCAUACGGGGAUAUCUUCAUUGAGAAAGGACCCAAGUUUGGCAUGGUGUGUUAAUGACAGCACUGCUGUACAUAGUUCAUUUUCAGUCACUGGAUCACCAAUAAUAAUAAUAAUAAUAAUAAAAAAAAAGA